AUGUCCGAGUCAGAGAUUCGUUUAUUGUCUCUCAAUUGCUGGGGACUCAAGUAUGUUGCCAAAAACCGCACUGAACGCAUUCAAGCCAUAGCACGUUUCCUGGCGGACUCGGAUCACGACAUUGUUGCUCUCCAAGAAAUUUGGGUCUUUGCGGAUUAUGAACAUGUCCUAGAGAGUGUUUCCAAGCGCCUGCCUCAUUCAAAAUUCUUCUAUAGCGGUGCACUUGGCGCAGGCCUUGCCAUCUUCACUCGUUUCCCUAUAGUCACAACAUCUGUCAACCCAUAUUCUCUCAACGGGUCGCCUAUCGACGUGGCGGCUGGUGACUGGUUUGUUGGAAAAGCAGCUGCAAGCGUAACCAUUCUUCACCCCGUCCUCGGUCAUGUCCAAAUAUUCAAUACUCACCUCUUCGCCAAAGGUGGUGAAGACGGUCCUGAAUACAACAGAGCACAUCGCCUGGUCAAUGCAUGGGAGUUCGCCAAGCUAACGCGCCAAGCAGCAGAGCGUGGUCGCUACGUUAUUGCUCUGGGCGAUUUUAAUAGUAUCCCACCUACGCUUCCAAUGACUGUCAUUCGAGACCACGCGUCUCUGACCGACUCAUGGGUGGUUACCCAUCCAAACCCUGACGCUACAUCCGUGACCAACGCCCUAGAAGCCAUCACUAAACUUGGCAUCACAGCAGACUCUCCUCUUAAUUCCUACUCUGCAGCGAAAGGGUAUGCCGCUGGCAGCUGGGGAAAGCGCCUCGACUAUGUUUUAUACCGACAGCCCGAGAGACACCAAACCUCACCUGGACAGACAUUUCCUUUGCUCAAAGCAAAGGAAUGCAAGGUCGUCCUCACUGACCCCGUUCCUGGUUACAAUUUCUCCUACUCUGACCACUUUGGCUUGGAUGCAACAUUGCACAUCGAAGCGAGUGAUGUCCAAAACGCAGAAGCUUCCAAAGAGCUUUCAAACGCGUCUAUUGCGACGACGAUUCAAGCACUCACGGCUUGCUAUCGCUUCUCGCGCGAACGCUCUAGGAAAGAGCUUGUCAUAUUUGCUCUGUGUAUCAUCUUACUCCUCGCAAUCAUCAUUGGCUCGGCAUGGCUUCCACAUUCCUGGAUCAACCCAAUUUUCAUGCUUUUCACCGUGUUCAUUGCAUGGUUGGCGACAACGAUGCUGUAUGAAGGCUUCUUGUAUGGCAAUUGGGAGUGCAACGCCCUCAUGAACGUCAUCGAAGAGCUGGAAAUAUACAGAAAGGGCUUGGACAUCCAGUCAGGUGUCCAACGGGAUGUGGGUGAUUAUGUUGGUUGA